ACAGUAGAGACGCGCUCAUAUUUAAAUACUUCCUGCGCAUUAAAUAGGAUGGCGUCUGUGGUGUUGCGGCAAUUUCGAAGGGAAUAGUGAGUUUUGAAAAUUUUGACAACGACCUCGAGAAUGGCAGAUAAUCAACAAAGUCGAUUUGAAAAAUCUCUUGGUCUGUUAACGACUCGUUUUGUCACUUUAUUGCAGAAAGCGAAGGACGGUGUUCUCGAUUUAAAAGUCGCUGCCGAUAUUUUAGAAGUACGACAAAAAAGACGUAUUUAUGACAUUACCAAUGUUCUGGAAGGUAUUGGACUCAUAGAAAAGAAAAGCAAAAAUAGUAUCCAAUGGAAAGGGGCAGGCCCAGGAUGUAACACUCAAGAAGUUGGUGAAAAAUUAACUGAUUUAAAAGAUGAGAUUAGAAAAUUAGAAGAUCACGAGCAAUUAUUAGAUAUGCAUACCCAAUGGAUUCAACAAAGUAUAAAAAAUAUAGAAAAUGAUUUAAUUAAUAGGAAAUAUGCAUACAUUACGUAUGAAGAUGUUAAAGAAAAUUUUCCUGAUGACUUUGUAUUAGGAAUUCAGGCUCCUCCCGAUACAGAAUUAAGUGUACCACAUGUAAUGCAGACUCCUGAAGAUGAAGACAAAGAAAUAAAUUAUGAAAUGUUUCUGAAAAGUACUUCAGGAGAAAUUAAGGUAUAUAUGAUUCAACCAGAAUUAGCUAAAACAUAUGAUAAUAAAAUAUUAGAAAUGAGAUUACAAGAGGAAACGAAGGGUAUAAAAAGAGUAAAAGAAGAAGAAGAAAAGAAAGAAGAAAGUAAUGUUAAACCAAAGAGAAGAGUUGGAAGGCCUCCAAAGGGAGCAAGUAAACCUGAUCCUGUUAUAUCUGACGAAGAUGAGGAAGAUGAUGCAGAGUUAAUAGAAGCAAAAAUAGUACUUCGUGAUGUCAGCACGUCAGAUAUUGCUCAAAAAGACUUAGAGUUACUUGACCAAUUUUAUUCUGACAUUUACGGUCCAUUAGUAAGAUUAAGUCCACCACCCAGUGAAAAAGAUUAUCACUUCAACCUCAGUGAAAAUGAAGGAAUUUGUGACUUGUUCGAUAUUACAGCAAAAUGAGUAAUAAGCUGUAUAGUAUAAACAAUUGGGUGGUUUACAAUUCAGACUGUGCCAACAAUGUGUAAAAUUGCAAAAAAUCUAUUGACAAUUUCUAAAAGGUUGUUCUGUGUAUAUAAUUUUAAAGAAUGGAUGUGGAUAAUAAUCAUUGAAUACAUACAGUAUUUUUUUAUUAUUAGAAAUAGAAAAAUAACACAGAAUUAUAGGAGAAAUGUUUAUAACAGUAAAUUUUGUUGACUAAAAAUUUUAAUAGGCUCUUGCAAUUUGUAGUACACGAUUUAUUUCAAUCAAUUUGUUUGCAAAUAUUAUCUUUCGAUGCACGCAAAAUGAAAUAAAAAUGAAUUGUUUAUUUAUAACAAUUGCACAUAGAGAGACUAAUAAGAAGUCAAAUAUUUUUAUGAGUAAUGUAUUAUAAAAAAAAAUUAGCAUCGUUUAGUUAAACUAUAUAAUCUUUUAUAAAUGGGUUUGAACAGAAUUUGUUUGAAACAUAAAAUGUAGAUCCUGUAUAACUGUGGGAAUUUGAUCUUUUACAAUUUAUAUAACAUCGCAAAAAUUUAUAGGAAAUGAUCCAAGUACAUAUAAUGUAUGUACUUUUAAUUUUUUUAUAACAUGUUUUCCGUGUUAUAUAUGUUACAUGUUAUAUGUUUGUUGCUACAGUGAAGAUCAUUUAAUUAAGUUUGUGAAUAUUACAAUUAUUUAAAUACAAUGAAAUUGAAUAAAGAAAAGAAACAGAAGCAAACAUACCAAGAAAAUAUACUUUAUGAAUUUAAGUACUGUUGUUAUACGCUGCACAGUUACAAAAGAAAAAUUAUUUAAUUAAUGAACGUUUUGUUUCAAACCUUUUUACAUCCUGUAUAACCUACACCAAUUAUAUUCAUUCACCUACACUUUAUUCCCGAUUCACUGACAUUAAAUAUUACGGUCUGGUUUCUUUGUGUAACAUUCUACUGUCAACAUGGUCAUUUUCUACUCGACGAAAAGACAAUGUCUAGUUACUUGCAUUAUAUGUAUAUCGAACUCAAAAAACUGUCGUAGAAAUGCGCGAAAUUAUCAAGGUCAGAUAAGAAUGGAUCAACUAGUUUCGUCACCUCGUGGUAGUUUAGCGUGUGCUGUCUAUAAGUUUCGCCUUCAGCCAUUGCCAGUAUACGCGUGUUUCCGUAGUAGUGAAUCAUUUCCAGAUGUGUCAACCUUACGUGACUGUUGUUUCUUACAUAUCCGCGGUGCAGCGAGUUUCCUCGCGUCACGUUCAAACAAACCGCGGUAACAUAAUCGACAGUUCGUCUCUUUACAAAAAAAAG